CUGGGUUCGAGAGAGGUUCUACUGGGUUCUAGAGGGGUUCUGAGUCGGAAACAGGGGCUUCCGGUCUACGAGCUGGUGCUCCUAAAUCAUUUUUUUAAGGGGGGUGUCAAACCAGUGACGUCAGAGGAGAUAAAUCUGUCAGGAAUGCCUCCCCUAAACCGGGACUACACCUCCCACUGCGGCUGCCUGCAGCUGGAGUCCCGGAUCAUCCCCCCCGCCAGCCUCAGGAGCCUCAGGCUGCUGCCCCAGGGCCCCCACUGCGCCCAGCCCGAGGUCAUGUGA